AUGAGCUUCAUGUAUGAAGUCGGAUCCAGUUUCAUCUUUGAACGAACCCGAUUAAAGAGUCGUCGUAAACAGAUAUCCGGCGCUCCAGCCUCCCAGUUUGCCGAAUAUGCCGAUGGCACCAGUAUAGAAGAUCGCGAAGCCGAAGCGUCGACGUUGCGAGAAUUGCAAGAAGCCAUUUUCGAUCUCGAACACCGGCAUCGUAUCUACAGGCGAUCGCUCGCCCGAGAGACCAAAUAUGGCAGCAAGCAAGCGCCUAUCGGUGACGACAACUACCUCCACCUGGCGGGUGCCGCGGGCAACGUGGACGGCGACCCGUUCCACUGGCGGGCGUGGCGCGGCGACACGUCACCCACCGUGGACCUGGACGGCCAGUCGCUGCCGCUGCAGUCCUCCUUCGACAUCGGCUCCAGCACAGAGUCCGUCAAGCUCGCGCGUCACGCCGACGAGCGAUCCUCUGGCAAGUCCAACAAGUCCACCACCAGCGGGUACCUCACCAUGUCCUGCCUCAAGCACGAGCCCUCCGAGGACAGCGACGCCUCCGCCGACAAACCGGCCCGGCCUCCCAAGCCGGCCCGCCUCUCGCCCUCGCGCGUCCCCUUCGUCGCCUCCGCCCCCCUCUGUGAGUACGUGGAGGUGGAGCCGCGGCCCCCCGAGCGCAGACCGAAGCCGGACGCGAGCCCGCCCGACAGACCGGACCUCUCGUACCGGUGCAAGGAGUACGAGCUGAUGACCAACUUUCUGAGUCACGCGCGACCGCCCGGCGAGGAGGACGCGCCCCCCGCCGUUCCCCCGCGCGGACACACCGCCGCCAAAGCUCGCCUCCAUCCGAAACCCCUCGAGCUGGAUCCGACCAGGACUCGCGCGAGGUCCCCCUCCCCGGAGGACUCAGCGACGUUUUUUCCGAGUGCUCGCUCGCCCGCCGGCUCCACGACGAGCCUCCCGGGCGACGGCAUCCGGAACCUCGAGGAGAUCGACCGGCCGGGCAGCAAGAUCGACUCGGUGUCCAACGACGACAGCCUCCUCGACGAGCUCCAGAGAGACACGUACUGCGUGCUCAAGGUCUGCGAGGACGACCCGCCCGACGACGAGGCUAACGAGACCACCCCCGACAGGGAUCACGCCGAUGACAAGGAGUACGCGACCUUCUCCAGAAUAAGCAUGAAGAGGAAAUCGAAUCCGAUCAAGUCGCAGACGAACGCCGCCAAGCCCCUGAAGACCUCCAAUUCGACGUCGAACGUGCACGACGCCGGAUCGUCGUCGCGACCGCUCGCCGAGAGACUGACGCCGUUCUUUCUGAAGAAGAAAAAGCCGCCGGAGGAGGCGCAGCAGACGACGAGCAAGGGCUCGCGCAAGGAGGACAAUCUCAUCGGACGGCUGACGCCCCGGUUCGGACAGUCGCGGUUGUACGGGCGCGGGCAGUCGCUCGAACUAGCGGCGAGCGAGCCGCGCCAGAAACGUAUAGAGAGAUCCGCGACGGCAGUGAGUAUGCCCACGCGACCUAUCAACUCGUCUAUAGUGGCGAACUUGAAGUUCUUGAGCUUGCACCGGUAUGGGGCUCAGGAAGAAGUUCAAUGUCGCGCGUUCGUGCGGACCGGCGAGCACGCGCCCCCCGCGCCCGCCCCCGCCCCCGCCGACACCCUAGAACCCACCUGGCGACGCGCCUCCCUGCUCGCCACCGCCCCCAACGACAUCAGACUAUAGCAGCACUCGACCGACUAGAGCCAAUAUAGAAUCAUAUCCACUUUCCAUACAUAAAUUGACCUGUCAUAUAUUUUUAAGGUCGCGUCUACCCACCAUUGGUGAUAAUAUAAAUUAUUUUUUUGCUUUAAAUAGAA